AUGCCACAAGAUCCAAAUCUUUAUGGGCAACGCCCCACCAAGCGGCAAAAGAAGGGGGUCCCACUUUCGGGUUCUCUGGACUUUGCUUCUCAACUAACCUCCCUCCUCUCAACGUCCGCCUCCGACCCAUCAUCAGCGUCAUCUUCCGCAGUAGCCUUCGGCCGCGCCCGCCCUUCCAAAAACAAAGACGACAUAUUCUCCGUCAAAGCAAAACGGAAAGCGGGUACAUCCACCUCCACCUCCACAGCAGAAAACGACGGUAAAGAUGGCGCAAGAAUCCAGCUCAAAGAGGUCCGCGGCACCGAAGACGAGAAACAAGACCUCGCGCGUGCGCGCCGCAAGAUGGAAGAGAAAGCGCGGCUGUAUGCCGCCAUGAAGCGCGGGGACUACAUCGCGAAGGAAGGCGAGGCCGCGCCCCUCGUCGACUUCGAUCGCAAGUGGGCGGAGCGGCAUCCCGAAGACGCCGAUAACAACAACACGUACUCGAGCUCCGGAACAGACGACUCGGACGCAGACGACGCCGACCAGGAAAUGGUCGAGUUCAAAGACGAAUUCGGACGAACCCGCCGCGCCACCCGCGCCGAAGCAACCCGGUACGAGCGACGGCAACACCGCAGCGCGCUCGGCGCGGCAGAGCUAGAAAGCAUGGCGGCGAAGCCCACCAAGGCGCCCGAGCGCCUGAUCUUCGGAGACGUGAUCCAAUCCGGGGCGUUCAACCCGGAAGACGACACGCUAGACAAGAUGGAGAACCUCGCCGCGAAGCGGGACAAGUCGCCCACGCCGCCCCCCGACACGCAUUUCGACGGGCGCGCGGAGAUCCGGACCAAGGGGGGGGAGAUGGAGGCGCUGGAGAGAGAGCGGGAUAACACGGAGCGGGUGCGGAGGGAGAGGGAGGAGCAGAAGGAGAGGCGGCGGAGGGAGAUCGAGGAGCGUAGGAAUAAGAUCGGCGUGAGGCGCGCGGAGAAGAUGGCGGAGAGCUUUUUGGAUGGCCUGGCAGGCGAGAUGGGGACAUCUGGGGCUGGUGGGAAGGGGAAGGAGGAGAAGGAGUCUGAGGAGGGGAUGCGGAAGAGUACUGGUUCGUGA